AUGAAAGGUGGGACCAUUGCGCAGCGCCGGGAUGCCAUGAUGAGAGCGCAUAUUCUAUCAAAGGUAAGGCAGCGGACAGAUGCAGAAAUCAACAGCACAUUUUAUACACCAGAAGAAAUUGCUUCCCACGCAAGCAUGGACGACGCGUGGAUGUCCUACAGAGGGAAGGUAUAUGACAUUACACACUACGUUCGUUAUCACCCAGGAGGGCUACAAUGUAUGCAGGAAUACAUGGGAAAGGACAUGACCCACGCGGCAGACUCCGUCCACAAAUGGGUAAAUGUGGCAACAAUGCUACGUCCCUUGGCGAUCGGAACAGUAAAAACACACGUUGACAAUUCUAAUGCCUUUUCUUGCCUACCAACAAUUGCUGAAGUAGCAGAAGAAGAAAAUAAUAAGGAUGCUUCUUAG